AUGACGGAUACCACAGAGGAAACGUUGCCGGAGGUGUCGACGGUGGCGUCGGCCCCGCACCGUACUCCAACACCUGAACUCCAUGCGACGUACACUACUUUCGAAAUUUUGGUGGCUCUGGUGGCAGUCGUGGGGAACGCUAUGGUGAUCUAUGUGUUCCGUCGUGAGCGUAGACUGCGACGACGCACGAACUAUUAUAUUGUGUCUUUGGCUGUGGCAGACUUCUUGGUGGGUCUAUUUGGAAUACCGUUUGCGAUCCUCGCUUCGGUGGGCCAGCCGCGGAACUUACACGCCUGUUUAUUCACUGUUUCAUUGUUAGUGAUGCUGUGCACUAUUAGUAUCUUUUGCUUGGUGGGUGUUUCGGUUGAUCGUUACUGGGCUAUCCUGCAUCCGAUGUGCUACUCAAGGAAUGUGCGCACUAGAACAGCUAUUGGCGGACAUGGGGGGCAUGGAGGAUCUCAUGGAUCACAUGGUCACUCGUCAUACCACGGCUCGCACGGUCAUCAUGUGACCGCGAGUCACACGCACUACACGUAUCAUCCACCUAGACACGUAAUGUAUACAUGUCGUCACUGCGCAUCGACGGAGAUGUAUCCUGUGUACAGGCCCAUGCCACCGACGUAUGUGUAUGUGUACAAAGAAUCCGGCAGCAGGUACGCAGAUAUACUCACUGGUUUGUCAUUGUACAACUUAGGACGUUCCACCAGCAUGGGCUGGGCUCGUUCGCACGAAUACUACGCUCAACCAGGAGAAAGGUGUUCUCUACAAAUCAUCGAAAGGUUGCAUUUUGAAGAGACAGAGUUUCCAUGUUUUAUGAUAUCUUCGUUCAUAGAAUCAACGGCUCCUAAAGCAAAUGAUACCCGCCAGGUAGAUAUAUCAUCGUCGAAGAUUGACGUGAAGCCAUUUUUGAAGGACAUGGGGCCGGCGUUACAAGUGACAAAUGAUCAAAAGUGCGUGUUAUGGCAUAAUUUAACGAUGCAUAAAGAGAGAAACCAUGUUCCUUGUGCGUUGUUGAAGGAAUACGCGAACACUGUGAGGCAGUCUGGUGUCCCCACAUAUAUUUGGCUGCCUACGCUGUUAGGAACUAUCAUUGCUAUAUACCUGUGCUGUGCGUGUUUUUGUAGGAAGAAAGAGAAGGAAACUGUGAAGGAAGAAGCUCCACUUAAUGAACUGCGUGUUCAGGGGUAUUGUUCCAAUUAUUGA